GUUUCUAAAUAAAAAAAAAGAUUUGAUAAUGAUGGAUAUUCAUUAGACUUAGCCUAUAUUACAGAGAAUAUAAUCGCCAUGGGUUAUCCAUCAUAAAAUUACGAAAAAAUAUUUAGAAAUUCUAUGAAAGAAGUUUAUAAUUUUUUAAAUGAAAGGCACAAAAAUCAUUAUAAAGUAUAUAAUUUAUGUAGUGAAAGAAAAUAUUAAAAAAAUUGUUUUGAUGGAAUGUUUGAAGAAUACCCAUUUGAUGAUCAUUAACCUCCCACAUUAUAAUUAAUUUACAAAUUUUGCGAAUCAAUAAAUCAAUGGUUAAAUUAACACCCUUAUAAUGUAGUUGCUGUGCAUUGUAAAGCUGGAAAAGGAAGAACUGGUGUUAUGAUUUGUUGCUAUUUAUUAUUUAGUGGGUAGUUUGAAAAAGCUUAUGAUGCAAUUAGAUAUUAUGGAAUUAUGAGAACUAAAAAUAAAAAGGGAGUUACUAUUCCUAGUUAAAUUAGAUAUAUUACAUAUUUUUAAAUUGCUUUAAAUAAUUAAUGGAAUCUAGAGAAUUUUCCUGAAAUAGAAUUAAAAUUGAAAGUUAUUAAAUUAAUUACAGUUCCUAAUUUUAAUUUGUUCGGAGGAUGCAGAGCAUUUCUAAGUAAAAAAUUAUAAAAAUGA